CUUCCUAAUCCGAUUGUUCGUCAACGUUCUCCCACGUUCCUCCCUUUUCCCCGCAUUUCAUUUCGCGCGGAGUCCCAUUCCUCAGCCACCUCCCCGUUCGACGCCACCGCCUCUCAGCGAGCUGGCCAUGAGCUCCACAACGGUCGAAGCAUUGUCCUCGUCCCUUUCCUCUGCCCUCCGCGACCUACGCUCCUUCGCAUCCAGCGUGAACUCGCCCCUCGCUUUUGUCGUUCCGAUCCUAGUCAUCCUCCUCCGCGUCGCAUACGUGCAGGUCAGGCACAUCCACGAGGAACGCAGCGCAAAGAAGCGCGACAUGAGCUACACCGUGAAAUGGGGUAGGGAACGGCUGCAUUUCCCGCUUCCCGCGCCCGACGCAAAGUUGGCGGAGAUCCGACAUGAAAUCGCGACGUACACUCAAUUGGACCCUCAAUCCUUCAAGCUCGUCCACGCCGGCGCCGUCAUGAGGGACGACAACGCACCGAUAUCCGCAUAUGGCAUCAAACUAAACUCAACCAUUGCUGUGGUCGGCAGCGGUGAUGUCCCUCCCACAUCGAAGCGGCACAAACACAAGGAGAAGCCCGCAGAGCGCACGGAAGCUUCCACAGUCGCGCAGAUCCGCGGUGAACUCGAUGCCGUGCGGCUCACGCUCAAGCCAGACGUCGAAGCAUUCCUCACGACGCUCGACCCCCCCGCCGCUGUGCCUGGGCCGAAGACAACGCAGCUCGGAGGACGCAACACCGACAUUGAGCUGGAGCACCGAAGACUGGGCGAGCUGCUCCUCCAGUCGCUGCUGAGACUGGACGCCAUCACGGCAGAGGGCGAAUGGGAGGAGGCCCGGAAGGAGAGAAAGGGCGCGGUAAAGGAGGUGCAGGGCUUGCUGGACCAUUUGGAUGGCGGAUGGAGAGCGCGGCCCCGGGCGAAGGCGCAGUCCGAGACGUGAGUGCGAGGCACACAUACCUUCCACUGUUGUGUAGACAGGCUAGACGGGAUAGCUAAGGUUGGUUCGUGAUAAUUAUUGACGGAGCUUGCUUAUUCUGGGAUACCUGUAUCUACUUGUGCAAGUCCGACGCGUGCAUAUUCUCGUCGACUCCGAUCAUGAAAGCGGCUCCGACACCGCCCCGCGUCGUGGAAUCUGCGUCAACAUGUCGGGACCGACGGGCAGGGACUUCAGAUCGUCAGACCGGCUGCCCCGAUGGUUGUCCAGCCCAUGUGGCUCCGCCGUCCUAAACCCGCAUCUCAGGUCGCGAUCGGCCCACCCCGGUUCCGUAGCAUUGGGGGUGCCUCUCGUCGCAAUCUCGCCACAAUCUCGCCUGUCCUGGAGUGCCUUC